GCAAGCCCACCACUAAAUCUUAUUUAGACCCCAGCCGCGGCCCGCGAAACUCUCUCGGUCUGGUUUUUCCUUCCAUUUUCUCUAGAAACAAACACCGUUCAUACCAGAAGUAACUACAUCCACCCGUUCGUAUAAUCAAGCGCCUCCGCCCCUCCCCUCCCUCAUUUUUCCUGCUUCUUCUCUCCACAUUUUCUCGAAAUAGAUAUAUACUUUUCUUUCCUUUUUUUUUAACACUAAAUUUUCCACCAAAUCUUUCUCUCUCUCUCUCCCAGUUUCUCAAAUUCAGAUCUAUUUCGCAUUGUUUUAGUUUUAGGAUUUUCAUAUUUGUGAUUCGAUGAGUCGCUACGAUUCUAACCCUUUCGACGAGGAAGAGGUCAAUCCUUUCUCGGACCCGGCAGUUAGUAAAGGAUCAGGGCAUUCAAAUUAUGGUGGAGGUGCCUUUUAUACUACAAUCUGCGAAAGAAAAAAAAAUGGUGGCAGAUAGAGAGAAUCCUGGUAGUGUUCUUCCUGCAACAUCAAGGCUUUCACCCCUUCCUCCUGAACCAUAUGACCGUGGUGCAACAAUAGAUAUUCCUCUUGAUUCUGCCAAGGCUUUAAAAGCAAAGGAAAAGGAACUUCAAGCGAAAGAGGCUGAACUGAAAAAGCGAGAACAGGAAUUGAAAAGGAAGGAGGAUGCAAUAGCACGAUCUGGAAUAGUAAUAGAGGAGAAAAAUUGGCCACCAUAUUUUCCUAUUAUUCAUCAUGACAUUGGAAAUGAAAUACCAAUCCACCUACAAAAGCUGCAGUAUGUUGCUUUCACAACAUUGUUAGGUUUGGUUCUCUGUCUCUCAUGGAAUAUAGUAGCUGUUACCACAGCCUGGAUAAAGGGAGAAGGUCCAACAAUUUGGUUUCUUGCCAUCAUAUAUUUCAUAUCUGGCGUCCCUGGAGGCUAUGUGUUGUGGUAUCGCCCUCUUUAUCGCGCUAUGAGGACUGAUAGUGCAUUGAAGUUUGGAUGGUUUUUCUUGUUUUACUUGUUGCAUAUUGGCUUUUGCAUCUUUGCUUCAGUUGCUCCUCCAAUUAUUUUCAAGGGAAAGUCCCUUGCAGGUAUUUUGCCUGCAAUAGAUCUCUUGAGCAAACAUGCUUUAGUGGGGACAUUCUACUUUAUUGGUUUUGGAUGUUUUUGCGUUGAAUCACUUCUCAGUAUCUGGGUUAUUCAGCAAGUUUACAUGUAUUUCCGAGGUAGUGGCAAAGCUGCCGAGAUGAAGCGUGAGGCUGCAAGGAGAACCAUGAUGGCAGCACUAUGAGACAAGGCUGUAGCAGAAGAUGGUAUUCGCAAGUGAACAUGGAUUUGUCCAACAAGUUGCCAUUACUUCAGUCACUUGUUCUUCUCAUACCAUUGGUGGCUCUCUUGCCUAUUCAUUUUAUUGAUUUGUUCUUUAAAAAUAUUUGUGGAAUGAAGGAUCUUGACAAAUCAGAUAGUCGGGUACAAUGACGAUCAAAGUUUGUGGUUAGAUACGCAGUUUAUUUUACCAGGCUAACCUUUAACAUUAGUUUUGCGCAUAUUUCAGUGCUUUUACACAUAGAAUGAUUCAUAUGCUAAAUCUCUGCUUCCCAAGAUGAUGGGUGAAGAAAUGCAGAUGCAGUGAUCUGUUGCUUUGCACGCAGAGACGGAUUUUCUUUGACUCAUGACACAUUUGUAUGGGAUCUAUAGGAUUUAAUGUCUAUUAAACAAAUCAAAAAGAGUUCUCGAAUGGCUUCCAAUUAAAAUUGAUUGAAAUGUCCUUCCUAUCGUCAUACAAAUGAAAAAAAAAAAAAUUAAGGUUUUAAUUGGACUCAUAGACCAAUAUGAUGUAUUGACCAAACUCAACCAUAGUUUAUAAUUUAGUCUUCCUGUAACAAAGUAUUGAU